UUUUUUUUUUUUUUUGGGUUCUUAGGAUUCCAUUACUUAGGAGUGGAAGAAAAUUCUUCUGUUUAAUGCUUAGUGACCUGAAUUGAACCAUCUUAGUGAUGAUUUGUUAAGUCUUUCUUAUACUGUUAUACAUACUGGUGGGAGUAUGUAUAAUCGAUUUUUCGAUACUAAGCUAUCUGCAUAGGUAUACUUCCAUUAAUUAGCUAGGAAUUUAAAUGCUAAUUUAGUUUCUUGACCUAGUCAAACUAUAUUUCGGCGAAUUGGCGGUAAUGCUGUACUCUUUUUCUCUCUACAUAAAUAUCUGUAUGUUUUACUUAACUGUCAUUCUAUGUGGUUUUCUGUCCAACGUGAAAUUACAUGUGUAUGGUAUGAAUGAUAACUGUGGAUUGCAUGUAAGCAAUCAAUGAAAUGAGAUAAAAACACUCUGGGAAUUAUGAGUAUGAAAAGGAAUUUUUGUUUAUUUGAUCCCAGUUUUGUCAAUGUCACUGAUGUUCUUCAAAAUUUUUACCAAGGACGAAAAGAUUCCAAACACUGUCAAUCUUUUUCUUUUGGAAAUCCAGUUAAUUGGCAAGUUUUAUGUCUUGGUUGGAGAUUAACCAAGAUUAUAAUCUCCAACUAUCAUGUCAGAUUAUUUCCAGGCUCUUAAUGUGCUCAUGCAUUCUAUCCUAAUUAUGGAUUUCGUGAACUGAUUGGAAAUUUGGUAAAUCAUGACAUUCAUGUUCCUAAUUCAUGUCAUGCGGUAAAUGGUUUACGAUGCUUGUUAGUUCAAGUCUGUCAGUCCAUCAAUCUCAGUAGAAGAUACCUGAAAAAAAUACACGCAUAUGAAUGGAUGUAAAUUUGUCAAACACAAGGGCCCAUUUUUGGCUUGCUCUCCUGCUAUUUCACAAGUGUGUAGAUAUCCUGUUAAUCUUACAUUGUCUGGUAACCUGCAAGUGCAGUGUUUAUCAUGUGCCAUUAGUUACAAGACAAGCCACAACUCUUUUGUUUCAAGAUGUGUCUUUGAGAGAAACUCUUUGUUAACCUCCUCACUUUAUGGUUGGAGAGGAUUCUCCAUCACUAAUCAUAGAUCAGCCCGUUUGGCAAGCUCGAAAAUACAUGCUACACUUGAUGUUGCCCCUGCUGUUGAUGUCAUCAAUGAUCUAGGACUGGAUACUUUGACAUUAUUAGGUGUGACUGUCUUGGUUGUUCCUGCAUUCAAGAUCAUUAAAGCUAGCCCUAUACUUGGUUUCUUCUUUGCUGGGAUUGUGCUCAAUCAAUUUGGCUUGAUUAGAAAUCUUACAGAUGUCAAAAUUCUGUCUGAGUGGGGGAUCCUUUUCUUGCUGUUUGAGAUGGGUCUGGAGCUCUCAUUUGCACGUCUAAAAGCUCUUGCAAAGUUUGCCUUUGGCAUGGGAUUGACUCAGGUCAUCUUAUCUACCCUUGCUUUCACAGCAUUUGAACUUCCUCCUAAUGGGGCUAUUGGGACAAGAAUUUUAACGUUCCUAUUCCACUCAAGGCCCGAUUUGGUCAACAUCAGAAGCAUUGAUGAGGCUAUUGUGAUUGGUGCUGCUCUUUCUCUGUCUUCUUCAGCUUUUGUUCUACAGCUACUUGCAGAGAAAGGUGAGCUCCCAACAAGAUUUGGCUCAGCAACUUUGGGGAUUCUUCUCUUGCAGGACAUAGCUGUUGUCCCUCUCUUGGUCAUACUUCCAGUGCUAGAGAGCCAGAAUCUAGGAGAGGAGAGUAUUUGGCCAAUGCUUGCUCAAGAAAGUUUGAAAGCUUUAGGAGGACUGGGUUUGCUUUCUCUUGGAGGAAAAUUCCUUCUUAGGCGAGUUUUUGAGGUUGUUGCAGAAGCAAGGAGCUCUGAGGCUUUUGUUGCUCUCUGCUUAUUAACAGUUGCUGGGACUUCACUUCUCACCCAGAAGUUGGGUUUUAGUGAUACGCUUGGUGCAUUUUUGGCUGGAGCAUUGUUAGCCGAAACAAAUUUUCGGACUCAGAUUGAAGCUGAUAUAAGGCCGUUCAGAGGCUUGCUUCUUGGGUUAUUUUUUGUUACCACAGGAACAUCCAUUGACAUGCAGCUCCUUUUCCGAGAGUGGCCGAAUGUACUUUCCCUCUUGGCAGGUCUGAUUGUCAUCAAGACAUUGAUCAUAACAGCAAUAGGUCCUCGUGUAGGACUUAGUAUACAAGAAAGUGUAAGAAUAGGAUUGCUUCUAUCUCAAGGAGGAGAAUUUGGGUUUGUAGUUUUUUCUCUAGCAAACAGCCUUGGUGUGCUACCACUUGAGCUGAACAAGUUGCUCAUCAUUGUUGUUGUCUUGUCAAUGGUAUUAACGCCAUUUCUUAAUGAAGCUGGAAGACGGGCUGCUGAAAUUAUUGAUCAGAACUUUGAUGUGGAAGAUAGAGCUGAUGAAAUGGUGAACUUCGAGGCAAGUGAACCAGUUGUUAUCCUUGGAUUUGGACAAAUGGGUCAGGUUCUUGCCAAUUUGUUGUCCACUCCAUUGGCUUCUGGAGUAGAUGGCGAUGCUCUGGGAUUGCCAUAUGUCGCUUUUGAUCUAGAUCCCUCUGUAGUGAAGGGAUCCAGAAAACUUGGUUUUCCAGUUCUUUAUGGGGAUGGGUCACGUCCAGCUGUUUUGCAAUCAGCUGGUAUCUCUUCUCCAAAAGCUGUGAUGGUCAUGUAUACUGGGAAGAAGAGGACAAUUGAAGCUGUUCAAAGGCUUCGGCUUGCUUUUCCGGCAAUCCCAAUUUAUGCCAGAGCUCAGGACCUCAUGCACCUCUUAGAUCUGAAGAAAGCAGGUGCUACAGACGCUAUUUUGGAAACUGCUGAGACAAGUUUGCAGCUGGGCUCUAAGCUUUUGAAAGGGCUUGGUGUCAUGUCUGACGAUGUGACCUUUCUUAGUCGGCUUGUUCGUGACUCCAUGGAAUUACAAGCUCAAGAAGUUCUAAGCAAAAGUGGUGAUCAAGAAACUGAUAUUAUGAAGCCGCUGCAGUGUUUGUUUGUCAAGUUGAGAGUUGCUGAUUUUGUUGGUGGCCCGGAAUCCAUUUCAUCAACUUCAUCAGCAAACAACGAGUCAUCAGGGGCAAACCGGACAGAUGAAAACCAGACAGAAUUUUCUAAUGUCAUGAGAUCUCCAGAUGUAAAUCAAGCAAAAAAAUCAUCUGAGCUUCAACAGUCUGAAAAUUCUGAAUAUGAUGGUGUUCUGUAUUGCAAACUGGAUAAAGGAAAUGGCGUCUCUGACAACUCUAGAGAUGCCGAGGUGGAGAAGAUCAUGAUAGACACAUCUAUCCCUUAUGCAAAAACCGAAGAAUAGUGAAUGCUAAACUAUUUUUGCUCCUUGGCUAAACUAUUGCCCCUCAAAGUUGUCAAAUACGCGUACAUUUUAAUGAGUCUUAACAAUGUGUAUAGGAACAUGCUAAACCAACAGUUGGGAUUAGUUGGUUGAAAAUGUAGUUUUAACCUGUAAUAUAUUAAGUGCCAGGGCUGUUCUAUUUAACAGCUGAGAGACCCCAGUUUUGAUUUAUCACAAACCACAGCCUGUGUAUUCUUUAUUUUAAUGACAAUGUCGUUUAAUUUACUUCUA